AUGUUUGCUUCAACCCUGCUUAUGACGCAAUUCUUUGCUCAAGCUGGGUUGGGACAAACACUCUCCAUCCUGAAAGUCAUUAAUGCCUCUUUUCACAUCACGAAUCCUAGGGAGCUAAGCUGGUUAAUAGCCGGAUAUAGCCUCACCAUUGGUUCCUGCAUUCUUCUCUCCGGACGCUUGGGGGAUUAUUUCGGUCACAAACCUCUUUUCGUUGCUGGACUUGUAUGGUACAUGCUUUGGACCAUUAUAUCCGGUCUUUCUAUCUAUGCCUCUCAGUACCUUUUUAUUGUCUCCAGAGCCUUUUGUGGAAUUGGCCCAUCGAUGUGCAUCCCUAAUGCACUGGCAAUUCUAGGGCGUGCUUAUCCCCCAGGAACAAAAAAGAAUAUUCUUUUCAGUCUGUAUGGAGGGCUGACCCCUGUUGGUGUUAUAGGCGGUGCCACCAUAUCCGCAUUGUUCGCCGAAUUUGUAUGGUGGCCUUGGUCCUACUGGCUGAUGGGCUGUAUUACUGCCGCUGUAGCAUUAUGCGGCUACUUUGCAGUGCCUUGUUGUCAAUCUCACUACGAGAGUCUUGAACCAAGGCCAUUACUGCGAGAUGUUCUCUGGGCAACAGACGUACCUGCGGGCCCUUUGGACAUUACCGCAUUGAACCAAGCUGUUGUUGUGGGUUGGGUAACGCCGUAUAUCCCAGUACUUUUAGUCUUGGGGAUUCUGUUCGCGAUUGCAUUCUUCCACAUAGAAGUCAACAUCUCUCCCUCGCCGCUUAUCCCAUUUUCCAUCCUGACCGGCGAUGUGGCAUUUGUGCUCGCCUGUGUAGCGGCCGCAUGGGGUGGCUUCAGGGCCUACGUCUAUUAUUUCUGGACAACCAUGCUGAUUGUGACAGAAACACCGCCGCUCUUAGCUUCGGCAUGGUUCUCGCCGCCAAUCCCCGUCGGUCUUGGAACGGCAGUUCUAACGGGCUAUCUUGUGGCCAGGGUUCACCCCGCCAUGCCAAUGGUGAUGACAGAAGCCUGCGUGCUGGCUGCUUGUCUCCUACUGGCAACUUUUCCUCCAGGGCAGACUUACUGGGCUCAACUGUUUCCUAGCCUGAUUCUCGCGCCUCUGGGGCUAGAUAUGAGCUUCCCCGCUGCGAUUUUGGUGAUGAGCAAUGCAAUGGGAAAAGAGCACCAGGGCAUGGCUAUGAGUUUGGUUAAUACUAUUGUCAACUACAGCAUCUCUCUCAGCCUGGGGAUAGCGGGGACAAUUGAGCAGCAAGUGACAAAGACCAAGCCUGAAGGUCCAGCUACGGUGCUCUUUGGAUACCACAGCGCAGAGUACUUUUCGUGUGGCAUAGUAGGAUUUGGACUUUUGCUGAGCCUUGUUUUUGUGUGGCGUGCACAGAGAGAAAGCGGUUUAAGGAUGACUCGAAGUGCGAGUGAUGUAGAAAGAAUAGAGCCUUAG